AUGUUUUAUUUUACUUUUUUAGUUUUAGUUGGGUUAGUUUUGGGUUUGGUAGGGGUGGCUUCAAAUCCUGCCCCUUAUUUUGCGGCUUUGGGGUUGGUUGUGGCUGCUGCGGUUGGGUGUGGUAUCUUGGUUGGACAUGGGGGGUCUUUUCUUUCAUUAAUUUUGUUUUUAAUUUACCUGGGUGGGAUGUUGGUGGUGUUUGCUUAUUCUGCGGCGUUAGCUGCGGAGCCUUAUCCUGAGACAUGGGGAGAUUGAUCGGUGUUGUUUUAUGUUGUGGUUUAUGUUGUGGGUGUUUUGAUUGUGGGCACUUUGGUGAGUAAUGAUUGGUAUUCGUGUUCUUGGGUGGUUGUUGAUGAGUUUAAGGAUUUGUCGUUGCUUCGUGGGGAUUUUAGUGGGGUGGCGUUUAUGUACUCUUUAGGGGGGUUUAUGUUGAUAGUGUCGGGGUGGGUUUUGUUGUUAACGUUGUUUGUGGUGUUGGAGCUUACUCGUGGGCUCAGUCGGGGGGCUCUUCGGGCUGUCUAA